GAGGAUUGAAGAAAACAUUUGACGAGGCGCCAUGGCUGAGCCGGAGAGCCUUGAGGUGAUGGUGAAGACCUUGGACUCUCAGACAAGGACCUUCACCGUGGAGGAAGAGAUUACAGUGAAAGAAUUCAAGGAACACAUUGCGGGUUCCGUCAGCAUCCCCUCUGAGAAGCAGCGCCUCAUUUAUCAAGGGAGAGUCCUGCAAGAUGACAAGAAGCUGAAAGAAUACAAUGUUGGAGGCAAAGUCAUUCACUUGGUGGAGCGCGCCCCUCCCCAGACUCAGUCUCCUUCUUCAGGGGGUCCGUCCGGAGCUGGUUCCUCCUCCAUCCCUCACAACGGCGCUGGCCCCCGCGGGACUGGUCCCACGGUGCACGACCGCAACGCCAACAGCUACGUCAUGGUGGGAACCUUCAACUUACCAGUAAGCAUUAUGGACCAACAGCCAGCCACACAAAGCGAUGGAUCGUCUGUGGACGUUCAUAUAAAUAUGGACCAGGCUCCCAUACAGAGUGAGCCCCGCGUCAGGCUUGUGAUGGCCCAGCAUAUGUUACGGGACAUUCAGGGCAUCCUGAACCGGCUAGAGGGCCGUACGAACGGCCAAGCCCCGUUGGCACCAGAUGGUGAGACACCGUCAGCAAGCCCUACAGAACGGACGCCAAUGGAGGGAGUGGAAUCUGAGCCCCCGAGUGAGCCCACAGUGGCGGAGGAGACGCCCCCAUCUGAGACUGAGCCACCCCCUGCAGCUGAGGCUGCUGCCCCCAACCACCCUUCCCCAGGCGAGUAUGUGGAGGUGCUGGGUGAGCUUCGGGGAGUGGAGAGCAGGCUGCAGCCGUUCCUGCAGAGAUACGAGGAGAUCCUGGGCACCGCGGGCUCCGCUGACUACAACAAUAACACUGAAGGCCGUGAGGAAGACCAGCGGAUUAUCAACCUGGUGGGAGAGUCUCUGCGCCUCCUGGGUAACACCUUUGUGGCCCUCUCAGACCUGCGCUGCAACCUCUCCUGCAGCGCUCCCCGCCACCUCCACGUGGUGCGGCCCAUGUCCCACUACACGGCCCCCAUGGUCCUUCAGCAGGCGGCCAUCCCCAUCCAGAUUAACGUCGGAACCACCGUCACCAUGACGGGCAACGGGACACGGUCUGCCCAGGCCAGCUCAGAAGCCUCCCCGGCAGCUUCCCAGGCACCUCCUCCUCCUCCUCCUCCUCCUGCCCCGCCUGGCACUUCCAGCCCUGCAGAAACGGGACGGCCAUCGGAAGGGACGCCCCCCGCCUCUUCCCCAGGGGCCACCCCUACUCAGACCCAGGCCUCGCAGACGGGCCACCCCCGGGUGAUCCGCAUCUCCCAUCAGACGGUGGAACCUGUAGUCAUGAUGCACAUGAACAUCCAGGAUUCUGCUUCCCAGAUGGGCGGGAGCGGCUCUGGCGGAGUGCCCUCGACGGGAGCAGGUGGACAAGCUCCCCAUGCCCCAGGAAUGGGCGGAGCUGCCCAUAUGCCGCUUCCCAGCCUCCCGCCAGAGUUCAUGCAGGCGGUGGCCCACCAGAUAACCCAGCAGGCCAUGGCCGCUGCUGCCUCCGCGGCUUCAGGCCAGCAAGGCCCCGGCUUCCAGUCCCCGCCGACCCGCGUUGUGAUUGCCAGACCUUCUGCUCCUUCUGCCCGGCCCACGCAUCCGGGGUCGCCCCAGGCCCCGGGACAAGGGGGUCCCAGCCUUGGUGGGAAUGCUUCUCUGGCCCAGAUGAUCAGUGGGUUGGUGGGUCAACUCCUUAUGCAGCCAGUCAUAGUAGCUCAGGGCAGCGGGACCUCUUCAUCCGCCACCUCUUCCGUCAGCACCCAGGCCACCUUCAGCUCCAGCAGUUCGGCCUCUCCUCCCACAGCCUCGGCCAGCGCCGGCACGACCAACACCGCCACCACCGCCGCCGGGGGCAGCUCAGCGGGCGCCCCCGGAGGGCCCAUCCCUUCCGGCCAGCCUCCCACAGCCACCGCGGAGCUCCAGUUCUCCCAGUUGCUGGGGAAUAUUUUCGGAGCGGCCGGCUCCGGUGUGGCCGGAGUGGCCGGGGUGGGCUCCCCCACCAUCACUGUGGCAAUGCCAGGCGUCCCGGCUUUACUGCAAGGCGUGACCGAGUUCCUUCAGGCAACCCAGAUGGGCGCUGCUUCCCCACCUCCUCCCGAACAAGCUCCCCCACCUCCACCCCAGCCCACAGCCUCUCCACCCCCGCCUCCCCCGCCUUCAGCUCCCCAGAGUGGGCCCGACGCUCCGACGGGGGGUGGAGGAGGAGGCGGCGGAGGGGGAGGCCUGCGCAGCGGUGCUUCGGCAGAUGCCUUGCCUCCAGAGUUUUUUACCAGCGUGGUCCAGGGCGUCUUAUCCUCCAUGAUGGGCUCCCUAAGUGCCCAGCAGGGCAGCACAGAGAGCAUCGCCGACUUCAUCCAGCGCCUGAGUGGCACCAGCAACAUCUUUGAACCAGGCACCGAAGGCGCGCUUGGCUUCUUUGGGGAUCUGCUCUCUCUCAUCUGCCAGAACUUCUCCAUGGUGGACAUGGUGAUGCUGCUGCACGGGCAGUUCCAACCCCUGCAGCGGAUCCAGCCCCAGCUGAGCCGGUUCUUCCGGGAAGAGUACCUGCACGGCCAGGAGCCCACCGAACGGAACGUCCGGAUGGCCACGUAUAGUCUGAUUAACGGCUUGGAGGAGUACAUCCGCGAGAGUUUUGCAUCCGUCCGAGUUCAGGAGGGAGUUGACAUCACCCGCACCAACCUGGAGUUCCUGCAAGAACAGUUCAACCGCAUAGCCACACACAUCUUGCACUGCACUGAUAACACGUUUGGGUAUCGGCUGCUGGAACUGUGCAACCAAGGCCUUUUUGAGUGCUUGGCUUUGAACCUCUACUGCCUGCGAGGGGAGCAGGGAGCUCUGACCGCUGUCAUCAAUGACCGCAUUAGGCGGAUGUCUGCCGACAUGAACCCGUCCUUGGUGAGCUGGCUCACCACCAUGAUGAGCAUGCGCUUGCAAGUCAUCCUGGAGCACAUGCCGGUCACGGAGGAACAGAUCCUGCAGUACGUCCGCCGAGUGGGCGAUCCCCCCCAGCCUGCUUCUGAAGAGUCCAUGGAGUUCCAGGCUGUGGAGCAGGCCUUGGAGACCCUGCAGCGAGACAGCACAGCCUCUCCUGCCCCGGCCACCACGGCAGAAGAAGCCAUGCCCCAACCACGGGGGGAGCCGGAGCACGAGGAGCCAGGAGAGCCGCCCGCUCCCCCCGACACAGAGCCUUGGGCUGCUGCUGUGCCCCCUGAGUGGGUGCCCAUCAUUCGGGAGGACAUCCAGAGCCAGCGUAAGCUCAAGCAACAACCCCCCCUCAGUGAUGCCUACCUGAGUGGCAUGCCCGCCAAGCGGCGCAAGACCAUGCAGGGUGAUGGGCCACAGCUGCUUCUGUCAGAGGCCGUCAACAAAGCUGCCAAAGUAGCCGGGGUAAAACCUCUGACCAGCACCGAGAGCCUGAACAGAGAUUUGGCUGAACCAGCACUGCAGGAAGGCUACCGGCAACAGCUGAGAUCUGAUCUCCAGAAGCGGCUACAGGCUGACCCCAGCUUCUCUCCCCAGCGGUUUCCCAAUGCCCAGCAGGCCUUUGUGGCCGAAGACUCGUAAUGGCCACCGGCCCACCCGGAGUCUCCCCCCCUCUUCUUCCCGGGCCAGAGGCUCCACCUCGUGAGGGCCUGCCUCUUUCCCCUUUGUGCACAAUACAGGCAGCCAUUCCCUUCUCAGGCCAAAUAUUUAAGUUCCUUCCCGCCCAUGACCCACCUGUCUGGUUGCUGUGACCUUUUCUCCCCUUGUGGAGGGCCAGAGUUGCUGCUGAAAUCAAGAAAUAAAGCCACUUGACCAGGACCUUG